AUGGCGCUGGCGAGCAUGGAGCUGUCAUUGCUGGAGCUGCGGGCGCAGGCGCUGGUUCAGUACCUGCAGGACCUGGGCCUGGUGCUGGUGGCCAAGGUGGGAGGGCCCCUGGGGGGGCUCCUGGCCCUGCCCCGCCUCCUGGAGACCUGCGUAGUCCUGGAGAAGCUGCGCCUCAUCGAGCACCGCCUCAAGUACCAAGUGGGGAAGCUGCUGUGGGCGGCCAUGAUGGGGGCCCCAAGAGCUGAGCACCCCUUGGCCUUCCAUCUGGAGCCCUACAACCUGGACGAGGAACCUGAAGCAGCCCCACUGAAGGUGCCUGGCUUAGGGGCGGGCUCUGCUAUGUCCCGCCCCACAUCAUCCCCAUGCAGUACGAUUCCGUGGCACCAGGCCCUCAGCAGCUCCGUGCUGCGGGAGCUGCGGGACAAGCUCAGUGAUGCCCCCCAGGAGCUGUGGGGCAGCCAGAGGGCAGGUGGCCAGCGGCCCCACAGGGGCGAUGUGGAGAGGACCCGCCUGGAGGAGUCGCUGCUCCUGCACCUGAGCGAGAGCCACCAGGCCCAGGCUGCACAGCAGCGCCAUCAGUGCGUGACGUCAUUGGGGGGUGGAGCCUUGGCCGCCAUCACCCACUUCGGGGCCUCAGCCACCCUCUGGGAGCCACCCAGUUUCCAUUGA